UACGAGCGGCCAAGUGAGAUGAAGCGGCGACGAGGGGUCGAAGGGGGUCGCCUCGCCGGAUCGGAGAAUCGUUUACAACGACGUGGCGAGACGACCCGCCGCUCGGACGCUCGUUCCAUUUGACGGCCACGCGGAUAUCGGAUUUCCGGUUACGCCGCGGACGAAACGGACGUGGAUGGAUGUCGGGAGAUUAUCGGAUCGACGGAUCCUGACGAUCCGCGAUCGAGCGCCGAGCUCCUGGAACUCACGUCCGAUUGCACUCGCCGAUCGCGACGUGUGCCCGAUGAUGUGUCAACGUUACAUAAUUUUCUGAUACGUCAACCGUCACCUGGCUAUCGCGAUAAGAGCGUUAAAUAAUGGCAAGCGAAUCUUGGAAUGUCUUGGUGACGGGAGGCGCCGGUUAUAUUGGUUCUCAUACAGUGUUGGAAUUGUUACAAGCAGGCGUUCGGGUGGUGGUAAUAGACAACCUUAGCAAUGCGCACAAAGCUGCAAAUUCUGAAAAACCAGAAUGUCUCCUCAGAGUGGAAAAAUUGACAAACAAAAACGUUACGUUCGUCAAUUGCGACAUCACAAACAUCAACGAUCUGAGAAGUGUAUUUCAGAAACAGAGUACUUUUCAUUGUGUUAUACAUUUCGCUGCAUUGAAGGCCGUUGGCGAGUCAUGUGAGAAACCACUCGAAUACUAUAAAGUUAAUGUCAGCGGAACGAUAAAUCUAUUACAAGUUAUGCGGGAGCACAAUGUAAAGCGUUUUAUCUAUUCGAGUAGUGCCACAGUCUAUGGCGUACCUGAGCAACUUCCUUUGGUAGAAGACAUGAAAACUGGCAAAUGCACAAAUCCUUACGGAAAGACCAAAUUCAUGGUUGAAGAAAUACUCAAGGACUUGUGUGCAUCAGACAAGGAAUGUUCCGUUAUAUCUUUGAGAUAUUUUAAUCCUGUCGGCGCACAUCCCUCGGGUGAAAUUGGAGAAGAUCCCAACGGUAUUCCGAAUAAUUUAAUGCCCUAUAUUGCUCAAGUUUCUGUUGGAAAAAGAGACGUAUUAUAUGUUUAUGGCAAUGACUACGAUACUCUUGAUGGUACAGGUGUACGUGAUUACAUCCAUAUUAUGGAUCUGGCAGUUGGACACAUGAAAGCCGUGAUGUAUCAAAAGACUCGUAAUCCAAUGGGAUUCAAGGCGAUAAAUCUCGGCACUGGAAAGGGCUAUUCUGUGCUCGAGGUUGUGCAUGCAUUUGAGAGAGCAUCCGGACGGAAAAUACCAUACAAAGUAGUCGAACGUAGACCAGGUGACAUCUCUGCCAGUUACGCCGAUGCUAGUAGCGCUAAUCGAGAACUAGACUGGAUUGCUACAAGAAACAUGGAUGACAUGUGUAAAGAUACGUGGAAAUGGCAGCAAAAUAAUCCAAACGGUUACAAACGCUAAUAAGCGUUACCCGUUAUGCCUAAAUAACUAUGGGAAACUUGCUAUUACACGGUUUGCCUUCCGCUUAUCAUUGGAUAUAUAACGAAACCAUGGUGGUAUACAGUUACCAAAGUUUAGACCAAAGCAUAAGAAAAGUAGUUAUUUAUCUGUUACAUUAAGCGAAUUUAAUAUAUGAAUACAAGGAUAAUUCAUGUCUCGCGAAAUUUAACGUUGAAAAAGUUUUGUUCGGUAUCUCUUUAUAUAAAUCUAUUAAAUAUAUUUUAAAUCUUUUUUACGUGUAUCAAAAUUAAAUUUCUGUCGUAACACAGUGCCAUUUUAAAUAGUUGCAAUAAGUAUUUUAUAAACUAAUGUGUAUAUAUAUAAUCUAUAAAAAAUUUAUAUAUAAAACAUGUGUAAAAGAUACUUUUCUAUGUACGUCAGUGGUGCGAAAGCAGUGUAAAUAAUUGUGAUUUAUGGCGAAUAAUUACGAAAUAAUAAAGUUAUUAUAAAAGGG